GCCCCCAUUUCGAACGCUCGUACAAGAUGGUGGAUGUUUCCCUGUGACAGGCACCUGGAUGAGGCGCAACCAGAAUUCCUCUGGCUCUCUCACGAAUGGCUUCUCUUCAUCCUCUCCAGACCCAGGCCCUUCAGGUGGGCGCGGGAACGAGAGUACCCUGCCUUUCUCAAAUAGCCUGGCAAUGCUCACCUCCCGCAAGAAAAGGAGACCCAUGGCUGAGACUCGAGGCACCAUCAAGGUGGAUCUUCCCAAUCAGCAGCGCACGGUGGUGACUGUCCGGCCAGGGACCACAAUCUACAGCUCCCUGGACAAGGCCCUGAAGGUUCGUGGGCUGAACCAGGACUGCUGCGUUGUCUACAAGAAAAGGGCAGAUGGGCGAAAGACCAUCACGGAUUGGGAGACUGACCUGGUCAACCUAGAGGGGGCCGAGCUCUCCGUGGAAGUUCUCGAGGACGUGCCUCUUACUAUGCACAAUUUUGUCCGGAAGACUUUCUUCAGCAUCGCCUUUUGUGAUUUCUGCCUUAAGUUCAUGUUCCAUGGCUUCCGCUGCCAGACAUGCGGCUACAAGUUCCACGAACACUGCAGCAGCCGAGUGCCGACAGUCUGCGUGGAUCUCGCCACGACACAUAAGCCUGUUUACAGCCACGAGUGGUGGCAGUAUCCUGCGUUGUGGCCAGAUCCUGCUACUCCGGCCCGGCCUAGCCACGAACCCAUGACGCCUCAAGCUAUCAGUUCACACAAGCUGUCGCCCCCCAGCUCAGACGCCUUCAGCUUCCCCAGCCUUCUGAGCGAUGGGCAGCGCCUGCAGCGCCACCGUUCCACAUCCACUCCGAAUGUCCAUAUGGUCAGCACCACCAGCCCCGUGGACAGCAGCAUCCUGGAGAUCAUAAGCAGGAACCACAAUGCAGAGGCCGUGUGUGGGCCCGAAGUGCCUCCCCGCACCCCACCGCCUCCCCCUGUCGCCAGUGUGGCUGCUGUUUCUCCUGGCCGACGCUCCCCGCACCCCAAGUCGCCCGGCGAGUCCCCCAGGGAGCGCAAGGCCCCAGCCGAAGAUAAGAAGAAACCUAAAUCCUUGGGCUACCGGGACUCGAGCUACUACUGGGAGGUUUCCCACAGCGAGGUAACCACACUGAAGCGGAUUGGAACCGGGUCCUUCGGCACUGUCUUCAAGGGCCGCUGGCAUGGGGAUGUGGCCAUCAAGAUCCUUAAGGUCACCAACCCCACCAACGAGCAAGUGCAAGCCUUCAAGAACGAGAUGCAGGUGCUCAGGAAGACGCGCCACGUGAACAUUUUGCUCUUCAUGGGCUUCAUGACGCGCCCCAGCUUCGCCAUUAUCACCCAGUGGUGUGAAGGCAACAGCCUCUACCAGCACCUCCAUGUGCAGGAGACGCCGCUGGAGAUGGUACAGCGCAUCGACGUGGCCCGGCAGACAGCACAGGGCAUGGAUUACCUUCAUGCGAAGAACAUCAUCCACCGGGACCUCAAAUCCAACAACGUCUUCCUGCAUGAAGGGCUGACGGUGAAAAUCGGCGACUUUGGCCUUGCCACGGUGAAGACGCGUUGGAGCGGCUCCCAGCAGGUGGAACAGCCCAGCGGCUCCAUACUCUGGAUGGCACCUGAAGUGAUUCGAAUGCAGGACCCAAACCCCUACAGCUUCCAGUCAGACGUCUACUCCUAUGGAGUUGUUCUCUAUGAGCUCCUCUCCGGGACCCUUCCCUACAGUCACAUCAACAACCGGGACCAGAUUAUAUUCAUGGUUGGCCGGGGUUACCUGUCCCCUGACCUUAGCAAGGUGGCCAGCAAUUGUCCCAAAGCCAUGCGCAGGCUGAUGGGUGACUGCCUUAAAUUCAAGCGCGAAGAGAGGCCCCUCUUCCCUCAGAUUUUAGCCUCCAUUGAGUCACUCCAGCACUCUCUGCCCAAGAUCGAGCGCAGCGCCUCUGAGCCCGCCCUGCAUCGGGUGGCCCACAAUGAAGAACUGACCUUCUUCGCUCUGCCGCCUGCCCUGUGGCUCCGCAGCUAACGUGACCCCGGUGGAACUGCUGCCAGAGUCCGUCUUCCCCACUGAGACCAGCGUUUGCUACUCUUGGCCCUCCCUGUGGGGUGGAGACAAAGGGACCUGUCACUCCCAGGAGGGCAGCUGAAGGCCCCAGCAUCUUCCCUGCUCCUGCAGACAGAGGGGGAUGCUUGAGCCCUGCAAGGGGCAUCUGAUGCCGUUCGGCUCCCCCUCCCAAACCUCCGGUCCCAGUCAGUCUCGCCAAAGCAGAAAACACACUGGAAACGUCCCUGCUCUAGGGUGACCUUGGCUCCAUCUUCCCCAAUGGUUUUAUUUUUAAAUGGGUCUCACCUUGUUUCAAGUGUUUUUGUUUUAUUUUUCGGGUUGGAAAGAUGAAUAGGAGAGGUGUAAAAAUAAAAAUAAUAAUUAUUAAAAAUGAACCCCAAAAAAUGACCCAGUCUG